CUUUUUCCUGUUUUGGGAACCGUAUCAGUUCCUGUUUGAGCUGGCGAUCCUGAAGACCGGGGUCUGGGGUUCAUGGCCAUGGUGCCGUCAUGAGUGCCGGCAUUUUCCACCUGCUGUGGCUAGCUUGUACGCUGGCCGCGCAGGCGACCUGGAUCAAGGCCGUGGUGAACCCACUCAGUGACCCACCUCCCUCGAAUCGCUACGAGCACUCGGCGGUGAUCUUCAACGACACCGUGCUGGUCUUUGGAGGUUACUACAUCACGCCUGGUUCUCGCUUCGAUGACUUGUACUUUUGGGAUACGCAGGUCCAAAUGUGGGGCCUGGUGCCAGCCCCGAACGCGCCGCCCGCGCGAUCGUUGCACACGGCGGUCAUGGACUUGAACCACAGCAUGUGGGUCUUUGGUGGCGUGGAUGACAGUAGCAGUCAUUUCGACGACCUGUACAUCAUGGAUAUACAGGUGUCGCCGUCCUGGACUGCCCUGAGUGCUACUGGCACUGCCCCAUCUGCACGUGCAGGGCACAGCGCGGUGAUGGAGAGUGGCACACGCAUGUGGGUCUUCGCCGGAGAAGGUGCUAGCUAUGUGAUCUUCAAUGACUUGUACUACUUGGACCUGGAGACGCUGGAGUGGACGGCAGUGGCCGCCAGUGGUGCUGUCCCGGCGGCGCGGAUGCUGCACAGCGCGGCGGUGGAGGGGCAGCGCAUGUGGGUCUUUGGGGGCUACGAUGGCACUGGCUCUUCAGGCUACUUGAAUGACCUGCACUAUUUAGACUUUCAGAUGGAAGCCUGGACCGCCGUGACGGCCACGGGUAUGGUGCCCAGUGCCCGUCGCGGGCACAGCGCGGUGAUGGAUUUUCACCAGGGCAUGUGGGUCUUUGGUGGAUAUGGCGGAGGUUUCAGGAAUGACCUCUACUACUUGGAUGUCCAGGCGGAGACCUGGACGGAGAUCUCCGAUGGCUCCGGAGGGUCGGAGCCUUCCGGUCGCGCCUCGCAUGGCGCGGUGGUGGACUCUCUGGAGCGUUUGUGGAUCUUCGGAGGCUUCGACAACGACUGGUACUACCUGGAGCUCAAGACUGCGACGCCUACCACCGUAAGCCAGACCUCGAUGACUUCGACGAGUUCGACCCCGACGUCCACGCUGUCGAGCUCGACCAGCACGAGCAGCUCGAGUAGUUCGAGCACCACUUCGAGCACCAGUUCCAGCAGCACAGGUAGCACCACCUGGAGUAGUGUGACUCUCGUCAGUGUCACCACCACCAGCCAUGUGCCUAGCACCACGGUCAUGGAUGUCCGGCAAGUGAUGGAUGAGUUGAUGGCUUGUGGCUCCUCACCCAUGCUUUGGAGCUCCCAGCGAUCGACCGUGGAGGAGCCCAGAACGAUGGAGGUCAUGGAGGAGUUGGAACUGGAGGUGGAGGUCUUGCCCUGCAUGGAUGCCCAGCCUGUGUUGCUCCACUGGGAGUACCGGAACUGCACCACUUCAGUGUGUGCCUGGCGUCCGCUGGAGUCUGUCUUCCAGGACCAGAAUCUGCGACCGCAGGCGGUGAAGCUGGAGGCCUUCAGCUUCCAGGCCGAGACGGAGCACCAGUUGCGGGCCGUGGCACGCUACGAGGACUCGGUCUCUUCCACGGCGUUUUUGGUCUUCACCAUGCAGGUCCUUCCUCGGCGGAGGCCGAUGGCGGUGAUUGAGGGGCCCAAUGUGGUCUCCCAGUCCUGCAGCUUCCGCUUGAGUGCGCUGGAGUCCAAUGACGUGACUUCCGCGGUGCCUGGUGAUGUGGCCUUCGUCUAUGCUUGGUCAAUGGUCGAUGAUGGCAACGGGACGGAUGUGACGCAGCUGCUGCCCCAAAGGAAUGCCAGCGUGCUGGAGGUCUUACCAGGGGCCUUUCCAGUGGGUAUGUACACUGUCACUCUUCAUGUCUGGCGACGAGGAGAAAGCCCUGCGAACGGUGGAACGGCGCAGUGCCGGUUGUCCGUGGGCACCAGGCCUAUGCCGGUGAUCAGCAUCGAUUCCUCCUGGAUGCCGGGUGAGCGCGUGUCGAUCACCGCCGACCUGAAUCUCACCGCCACAGUGACCAGCAGCGCCAGAGAGUGCCCGAUCGACAAUUUGGCGGCCUGGUCCUGGCGUUGGCUCUUGCUUGAGGGCGGCGAGCGCGUCCUCGCGGAUGUGGCCGCACACAUGACGGGCGCGCAGACCUUGGCGAUGAGCAGCUCCAGCUUCCGGACGGUGUCCGUUCGCUCGGGCCAUAGCUACGCCUACGCGCUGGCCGGAGUACCAGGCUCACUGCUCGGCUACAGCUUUUCGGAGUUGUAUAGCUUAGGGCUGAGCCUUGGCAAAUCCCAUAGCUUCAUUGCCGACCUGCCGCCAGGCCUCGGGCGCGUCCUCGUGGCGCCCUGCGUGGCGCCCUCCAUCGCCACGCCGAUCACCGUGAGGUGCGGGUCUCCGACGACCAGUGCAGACCGGACUUAUGGCUGGGAUGAUGAAGAUCCGGAGAAGUUGCAGUAUGCCUUCUACCGUUUCCCUGGGCCCAUCGUCCCAAACGGCACGGACGAGUGCGAGACCUUGCCCAGCUUGGAGAUUGAGUGGGAGGAUGUGGCCUCUCCCAGCUAUUUCAAGACCUUGGGCGGAGUGCUGCUCCGGGGAUGGGCGCCCUCGCCGUCGCUCACCGGCUUCCUCCCCAUGGGCCGCUUUCACGUCCUGGCGCGCGCGCGGGACUCCGUGGGCGGCCAGGCGGCCAGCGCGAUGGAACGGCUUGCGGUCAUGGCCAUGCCCAUGAAUGCCAGCACCAUGACCUCACUCCUGCAGGCCUCGGUGGCCACCGGGGAUGCGGGGCAGAUCUUGACCUCGGUGGAGGCUGUGCUGAGCAGCGGUGCGAUGUCGCAGAUGGAUUUGCUGGAUGCCUUGGAGGUGGCCUACCACGCCAUGGACCGAAGCCCCGAGUCCUUGGAACAGUUCUCCUCGAUGAUCGGCACGGUGGCGGCAGGCAGCGGGCCGAUGAGCCCCAACGCCACGCGCUUCGCCAGCGAGAUGCUCUCGAAGGUGGUCAACGCCUCGGGCUCUGACCGACGGGUGGCCAUGGCGGUCUUCGACAGCAUCGGCUUGGUGACUGAAGCUUCCCAAGGUGUUGAGGGCUCCCAGUCCGAGCUGGAGGAUUUGGCCAUGUCGCUGGGAGAGGCCAUGGUGAGCCACAUGGAGGAGGAGAGUUUUGCCACCUUGACCAACCAGCGCAUGGAGCUUGAGGUGAGCAAAACCCAAAGGACGCUGACGUCCAAGUCCGCGGAGCAGUUCAAGAAGGGCCGCUUGGAGCUGGAGCUCGAUCUUCCAGGUGAGGCUGCGGCGCAAUCUGUGACCAUCACCUCAAAGGUCUUGGUAUGGAAUGACUAUCGACCGGGACCGCUGGAUGAGACGAAGGGCUUGAACGCUUACGUGCCGGAAGCAGGUGAGGUCAUCAUCACUGAGAUCAGCCAGGACUGCGUCGACUCUCCACCGGUCGGCAUUGGCACCAGGCACAACUUGCCCUCCGAGCCACAGCCUGCCAUGACGGUGGCCACUUGUGCACAGUUCAACGAGACGGAGGAGAUUUGGUGGCCCAGCGGCACAGAGCUCCACGCGAGCGCCGUGGACUGUUCCGUGGUUUCCAGCUGCGGGCGCACCCGCCGCAGCUUGACCACUGUGGUCUACGCGCCCGACGUCUGGGGCACACUGGCGGAUGGGAUCUUUGUGCUCUGGCUCUGUCUGAUGGUGCUGUCGAUCUCCAUCAUCUUGGGGGUCACGUUGAUCCUGAGCAUCUACAAGUUUGAGAUCCAUGUGAAGCACACGCAACGGAUGAAGCACAAGGAGCACCCCAAGGCUCAUGCCUGGAGUGUGGUGCCAUUGAACAGCGGGCAGGAGCAGAUGGUUGCGGAGGUUGAGAUCCCUCCACCCUUGGUGAUAAAGCAGGAAGUGCUGGAGGCGCCAUAUCCUGCUGCCUCCUUGCAGGUCUCCGCGCGCGGCAGCCGCGACGUCUUGGGGCCCGUGGAGUCGGCGCCGUUGGAGGCGCUCCACGCGCCGGUCACGGUCACGGCGAAGGAGAGAGAGGAAAGAGAAGCUGAGUCUGCGGAGGUCGAUGAGGACCCAGCGCGAAAGAUGAAGUCUUUGGAGUCUUUGGAGGAGAUGGUCCCCAAGAAAUCCUCGGUGAAAGAGGCCUGGGGCUGAAAGCAGCGAGGUGCGGGGCCCUCCAGAGGCUGCACGUGGGAAGUUGGUUGAGCAGGAGAGACUGCGCCUGCCACAUGUACAUAGCGGGAACGCCCAGGCUGUAGGAGCAGGAGAGUGUGGGCAAGCAAGCAAGGGAAGCAAGUGGGAUUGAAGGAGGCUGGG